CGUCGCCCAUUCAUUCAACAAUCAUUGACGCGCCGGCCGGCCGGCUAGUCGUUCGUUGUUAUUACAUGAAGUCAGGCGAAAUUCCUGUAACGCGCGCGUGUAACGAACUAUUUCGAAUUUUAAAAAAAACGAACAUAUAUUUUGACAGAUAGGUGACUGGACUGACGAUUUGUGAAACAGUUUAGAAUUGAAAAUUAUUUCUUCUUGGAUUAAUUUUUGUCUUCGAUUGGACUUCAAUGACAUUGGUUUUCCCUAGUGAUGAUGUGUGGUGUAGUGUUUGUUUGUAUGAUGUUGUGGUGAGGCGAUGCUUGUAGGAGAACAGUCCCCGGCGCCGCGUGUGGUGGCCGGACUAAGAAAACUUCGUCCAGAAUUAACUCCGGGACCUGUGCCAACGCCCACAGAUCCUAAUAUAAGGAUAUCGGGUGUACUCCGACAAUAUUACAAUGACGACAGCGACUCGUGGGCUUGGGUGCGGGCGGCCGUCCAGCGCGGCUGCCUGCUCGCCUGGCGCGACGGCACAUUGCCCAGGAGACCCGCGGCCAGGUUGCCAUUGCGGGACCUCCACUUGCGCAUCGCACCAACCUUGCCCAACGCCUUCCAGCUGUCGAGGCUGCGCGACGACACGUCUGUUGCCACAUUUCAGGCUUGUAAUGCGGCGGAAUAUGCCAAAUGGGUGCGCGCACUAUGUGUCGAGAUUCUCGGCCAGACACCGUUACCACAAGUCCGCUUCCUGGACGUGCUGCCAGCGGCGGAUACCAGUCGAAAUCCAAAGAACGAGGCUCCUCAACAAAAGACCCCGGCAUGUCCGCCCCGGGCGCCACCGAGAGCUCGGCGGAGGCUGCUAACUUCUCCAGAAACACAGUUGCCUCGAAGAGAUCAUUCGCCUGCCGCAACGGAUGAGGGUAUCGUCGUCGAAGACGACGAUUACGACUCAUCGUCCGACCGCAGCCUCGACCUGACCCUCUCCCUCGACGCAUUGAAAACCACAGACGUGGUGGACGCGCCGGCGCCGGUAAGAAAAGCGGAGGUCAUCAAAUGCGACAAUUGCAGCAAAUUGAACGCGCAGCAUCACACACUACCGCGCGCUCGAUCUACUGAUUCGGAGCAAGGUCGUCACCGUUACCUAAAACGUUGGGAGGGGACGGCUGGCGCCGCGGAGCGCGGCCGCUUCACGAUGGAGGCUGCACGACGCAAAACCGCUUCUCUAGAAAGCAGAGCGAGAUCUUGCUCGCCUAAUGCUCACGAAGCAGUAGCCAAGUACGUGCCUGUCAGGGAGCGAAGGGCACUAUUCGAAUCGCUGUCUAAGACUGGUAGCGGAUUGGCACGGAGUACAGAGCAGCUGACGAGGCCCGUGGUUGUCCCGGAGACGACUCCGCGGCGCGCGGCGUCGCUGCACGACCUGCAGGCGCCGCCGACGCGGUCGGUGAGCGACCUGCGGCAGUUCUUCGAGGCGGUGGCGCGCGGCGUGGGGGGCUGCUCCGCGAGCCUGCAGCGCCACAGCGCGCCGCCCAACCCUGCGCCGCGCGCCUUCGCCUCCCUCACCUGCGCUUAAAAUGUACAUAUUGUAGAUAUGGCGUUGACCGCCUACUGUCUCCCUAAGUCGUUUAUUUUAAGACUGUUAAAAGUAUUGUUAUAGAAAUACCUAAUAUAAAUAAAAUGAUGUAUUAUCUAUUAA